GUUACCGUUGUAUUAUAGCCACGAACUCCGAGCAAAAUAGAACCAGAGAGAGCGAGAGAACUUGGGAGAGAUGAUGAUAUAUCGCUCGGUUUUUAGGGUUUCUCAGAUCAGGAACAAAGCGCCACUGCUGCUUCAACCUCAAGCUUCGCGCUCCUUCUCUCAGAUUCAAUCAAAGCCCGAACGGUAUUCUUUUGGAAUUGCAUUUGACAUUGAUGGUGUGGUUCUUCGUGGUCCCGUUCCCAUUGGAGGCUCUCCACAAGCUUUGAGAAGAUUGUAUGGAGAUUCUGGUUCUUUGAAGGUGCCUUUUCUGUUCUUGACGAAUGGAGGUGGCAUCCCAGAAUCCAGACGCGCCACUGAGUUAAGUGAACUUUUGGGAGUGCACAUUUUACCUUCUCAGGUCGUACAGGGUCACUCACCAUUUAAAACUUUGUUGAAAAGUUAUGAAGAUGAACUCAUCAUUGCCACUGGAAAAGGGGAACCUGCUCUUAUAAUGUCUGAAUAUGGUUUCAAAAAGGUCCUUUCAUUAGAUGAGUAUGCUUCUUACUUCGAGAACAUUGAUCCUGUAUCUCAAUAUAAGAUGUGGACAACUAAGCAGGAAUUGGUUAAGAGUAGCUACCCCAGGAAGUUGGUUCCAAGUUACAACAUUACUGCUGACAGAGUUAAGGCAGCUUUUGUUGUCAGCGAUCCUGUAGAUUGGGGCAGGGACAUUCAGGUUCUCUGUGACAUUUUAAGAUCUGGAGGCCUUCCUGGACAUGAGAACGGACAGCAACCACCUUUGUAUUUUGCUGCUGAUGAUCUUGAAUAUCAGGCUGCAUUUCCCUCUCAGCGUCUCGGAAUUGGUGCUUUCAGAAUUGCACUAGAAAGUGUCUUCAACAGAAUUCACCGUAAUACUCUGGAGUAUGUAACUUUUGGGAAACCAAAUCCAUUUGUAUUCAAGAACGCUGAAGCCAUACUGAGACAGCUUCAGCCAGCAUGUCAUGAUAAUUCUGUAAAUAAUGGAAGCAUUGGAUCACAUCCUUUCAAAACCCUUUAUAUGAUUGGCGACAACCCUUUAGUUGAUAUCAAGGGUGCACGGCAGGUAGGGCAUCCUUGGUUUUCUAUUUUGACGAGGACAGGUGUUUUCAGGGGGAAACAUAAUCAUGCAGAAUUGCCAGCUGAUCUGGUCGUUGAUACUGUUGAAGAGGCAGUGGACUAUAUUCUGAAAAAGGAGAGUAAUUCUUAGGACCUAUGCCUUUUUAACUGGUUCGUGCUCUCUCUCAUGAUUAAGUCAUUAAUAUGGCAGAAAGAAAAUUGAAGCCAGAAAAUGAAGGCAAUUUUUGUUUUAGCAAUUUGCUUAAACCAAGUUCUUAAUAUACGAUGAAGUCAUAUUUGCUUCUGUUACUUUUCUGAAUCUAUCUCA